AUGGCAACAUCUUCACCUUUAUACCCGCCCUCUGUCAACAAUGCCAACAAUCAGCUGCAUCCUGGCUUAUAUGAAUAUCUGGCAGAACUCGUUUCGAAGCGAGUGGCCACAAUCAAAUACAUUCGAAAAGCACACGAAGGCACUACACACUGGUUCAACACAAUUUUACUAACCAGAGACAAUUUGACAAGCAUGUACCCCAACUCAAAGAUGAUCAAGAGAACAAACCACUUUUACGCUUUAGGCUUAUCUUUAGGUGCCAUUUUGGAUAUCACCAACCCAGUGGAUUACAUCAAAGCACUGAGCCAGAUCAUGACUGAAUUCGAGCGACAUACCAGCGAUGAUUCCAAGCAAAAAAUGAAAAACAUCUUUCGAAAAGCCAAAUCCAAAGACGAGAGUGCAUUGGACAAUACAGGCGACUACGGCUAUUUGAUCAUUCCACACAUUCCAUUUGAGAUGGAUUACUUUGAAACAUUUUUUACAUUGAUCGAUAUCAUGGUAGAGGCGUAUUACAAGCUGCUUGUGGGUACUGAAGGGCCUAUUUGCACACAAGCUUACUUUGAGUUGGUGCUCAAAUGCGAUGGAAAGUUCAAGAAAAUUGUGGCAAUGAUCACCAAGGAGCUUGAUCUGCUAGCACGCAAUGCCAUCAAAGACGAGCUCAAACUGAUUGAUCCACUCUGCUCUCUGGCCAAGGUAUCUUCUCCUAUUGAAUUGGAUCCAUCUCUUGCUGAUGCCUAG